GCUAGCGGGGCCUGGCCCAGCGGCGGCUCUUCUGCGGCGCUGAGGGUCUUGGACCGCACUCUGAUAACAACUGUUGCUGCACGUAUGGUUAUGCAGGUGCAUUUUGUGUGUAUCUAUCAGAGAAUCUUGUGCUUCUAGUAGCACCAGUGUGACUCACUGCUGACUCCUCCCCUGGGAAGCCCAGGGUACCAGGUGAUGGCGGCUUUGCACCUGUCUGCCCUGCCCCAGGCUGAGGUGACCUUCGAGGACGUGGCCGUGCUAUUCUCCCGGGAGGAGUGGGGCCGUCUGGGCCCUGCUCAGAGGGGCCUCUACAGGGACGUGAUGCUGGAGACCUACAGGAAUCUGGUCUCCCUGGGAGCUGGACCUGCAGGUCCCAAGCCUGGGGUGAUCACACAGUUGGAGCAAGGGGAUGAGCCGUGGGUCCUGGAUGCACAGGGCGCCAAGGGGAAAGAGCGACUGAGAGUCAGUAUCUCAGGUCAUGGGACCAGGACUGAAUACAAGGAGUUGUCUUCAAGGGAGAUGCUUGAUGGGGAAGAACUGGAUCAACUCCAGAGGGCUGUUCCCCAGGGACCUGAUCCUGGAGAGACCCAUGCAUGUGUCUGGGAGCCAGAGGAGAGCCUGGACAAGCUUGUGGAGCAGAGAGGCCUGAGGCCAGUCACAUUGACCAAUGAGGAUAGUGUCCAGGGGUCUGGGGGAAGCCUCAGGUUUCGGUCAAGCCCUGUCUCUGAUCAGAGACCUCACAAAUGCGAUAUAUGUGAACAAAGUUUCGAACAGAGAUCAUACCUUAAUAACCAUAAGCGAGUACACAGGUCAAAAAAGACAAAUAUAGUCCAUGAUUCUGGGGAAUUCUUCAGUGCAAAUUUAGUUGUUAAAGACGAUCAGAAAAUUCCUCUUGGGAAAAAAUUGCAUUAUUGUGGUUACUGUGGGAAAGCCUUCAGGUACAGUGCUAACCUUGUCAAACACCAGCGGCUUCAUAGUGAAGAGAAGCCCUACAAGUGUGACGAGUGUGGGAAAGCCUUCAGCCAGAGCUGUGAGUUCAUCAAUCACCGAAGGAUGCACUCAGGGGAGAUCCCCUACCGAUGCGGUGAGUGCGGGAAGACAUUCAAUCAGAGGCCCAACCUCAUGAAACAUCAGAGGAUUCACACCGGGGAGAAGCCCUAUAAGUGUGGUGAUUGUGGGAAACACUUCAGUGCCUAUUCGUCCCUUAUUUAUCACCAGAGAAUCCAUACUGGAGAGAAACCCUAUAAGUGCAACGACUGUGGGAAAGCCUUCAGUGACGGCUCAAUCCUUAUCCGACAUCGUCGAACCCACACUGGGGAGAAACCAUUUGAGUGUAAAGAAUGUGGCAAAGGCUUUACCCAAAGUUCUAACCUUAUCCAACAUCAAAGAAUUCACACUGGGGAGAAACCCUAUAAAUGUAAUGAAUGUGAGAAAGCCUUCAUCCAAAAAACCAAACUUGUUGAACAUCAGAGAAGCCACACUGGAGAGAAGCCCUAUGAAUGUAAUGACUGUGGCAAAGUCUUCAGCCAGAGCACACACCUUAUCCAGCAUCAGAGGAUCCACACAGGAGAGAAGCCGUACAAGUGUAGUGAGUGUGGGAAAGCCUUCCACAACAGUUCCAGACUCAUCCACCACCAAAGGUCGCACCAUGGAGAGAAGCCUUACAAAUGCAGCGAUUGCAAGAAAGCCUUUAGCCAGGGUACUUAUCUCAUCCAGCACCGGAGGAUCCACACUGGAGAGAAGCCCUACAAGUGUAGCAAGUGUGGGAAGGCCUUCCGGCACAGUUCCAACAUGUGCCAGCAUCAGAGGAUUCACCUCCGGGAAGACUUCUCGAGGUGACCGUGGAGAAGGGCCCAUGAGUUCCGCUGUGCAGUUCCUCCUUAUGACCUACCCCACCCCUUUAUUUAUUGUCCACACAGUGUUGUUACAGAUGAAGGGCAUUUCUAAUUAAAAACAAACAAACAAAACUCUUUUCUUAAACCAAAAGCAGUGCAUGUUCAUUUUGGAGAAAUUGAGAGAGGUAAGCAAAAAGCAGUUCUCCCCCACUUAGAAAAAGAAUCCAUCACUGCUGAUUUAAUACAUGCUUCCUUUCACACAUAGUUAAGAGCAUUUUAAAAAGAAAAUACCGUGUGCUUGUCAUUGCAGGACGUAGGCUCUUUUGGCUUUGCUAUUUCCUCAAUCCUAGAAAACUCACACUGGAAAGAAUUCUACGUAUUUACAUAUCUUUACAUAUUGUAAAUUUAAAAAAUGAACAGUCAUACUUUUCUGUGUGUCUUUAUA